CUAUGACCUAAUUUGCAACUGUGCAAGAGCAACGAAUACUAGAACACAAAUUUAAUCCGCACCUAAAAUAAUCUGAAUCCCGAUAUUAGUUUUAACAAAAAAAUGGCGAGAUGGUUUGUUUUCUUUACUUUUGCUCUUAUGGUUACAGUGAUUCUUGAAGUCCACGGUGAUGUUUUCGUUCAACAACUAAACACUGAUAGUGGAUUCUGUGAAGGUCAGGAGUAUGGUCGUAUUCAGGUUGGAGAAGUUAGUUACAAUGACGAAAAAUGCCUACAAUUUUCCUGCACUGAAGGGUUUCUUCACAGAAUCGGAUGUGGUCAGAUAAAUGUCCCAGGAGGUUGCCAUGUUGUUGAAGGUGCAGGACACUACCCAGACUGCUGUCCCAAAGUAGAUUGUGGUUCUCAAAAUUAAGCCAAAGAAUUCGUCAUUCUGAAAAAGAUCCUAAGUUUAUCUGCAACAGCCUUGGCAUAGCCUAAGCAAAUGUUGAAUUCUGCAACUUAAUAUCGUAACACUUUUGUAUAUUGCUUUGUGAAUUAUUAUAUAAAAUAUAAAUAAUUCAUAAUUAUGCUAAGCAUUCAAUACAUUUCAAUGCUUCUUUUUAUAAGUAACAAAUGUUUAUGUAUCAAUGGUCAUCAGUUAAUAAAUGAUCUUGUAUACUUCCUCUAUUUCAAAUAUU